UGUCCCACCUAGAAACAACCUUGACAUCUCCAAUGCACGACAGUGUGAUCUUGGAAGUGAACAAUGCAUUCAGUACCUAAAGUAAACAAUAUCUAGUGUAGUAUAUCCGAAAAUGAAACAAUCUAUGUUUUAUUUCGCAUGCAUUAUAGAAACAACCUUGACAUCUCCAAUGCACGACAGUGUGAUCUUGGAAGUGAACAAUGCAUUCAGUACCUAAAGUAAACAAUAUCUAGUGUAGUAUAUCCGAAAAUGAAACAAUCUAUGUUUUAUUUCGCAUGCAUUAUAGCUCAUAUACUAUCAAAAGAUGUUUUCAUAUCUAAAACAACUCUAAUGGAAGGACAGCAGCUCGAUGUCGAAUGCAACGCUUUGGUAUUCGGAAAUAGCAUACCAAAUAUUACUUGUGUUUCGGGUUUGAGUUUAGGAAAAUUUAACUCAACUACCAAGAAAUUCGAUUCUAUUGUGGAACUAUAUGAAAUAGAGGCUAAAGACUAUAUAAACAAUCUCUGGGUGGAAUGGUGGAAUAUAUCUGCAAGUUUAAACUAUUCAGAAAAUAACUGUAAUAACGUCCACAUGGCAAAUAUCAAAGCUUUUGUAAAGGCUGUCCGGUUUGAAGACAGCGGAUUAUACCGUUGCCAUUUAGAAACUCAGUCAACAGUUGAUUUAACAGAUAUGUAUUACAAAAUCAAUGGAAGUUUAACAGUAAUACAGAAAAAUGCAGUUAAGGAGGAGGUUAAAGCUACUUCCACUCAGACAAGCCUAAAAGAUAACAAUAAUGGUGUCACAGAAAAGAAGAUGUCUACCACACCAAUGUCAGGGGCGAUAGAUAAAUGCAAAGAACUGAAGGCUAUCAUCAUCGUUGCUACACUUGCCUACGUGUGGCAACUGGGAGUGAUUUAGAAGUGAACAAAGAUUUGGAGCUAAUUUAAAAGCAUUCAUAAACUUUAUUGGUUUAAAAAAAUUAUAGCGUUUGUACUAAACUUUUGUUGAUUAAACGUUUGUAGCAUUAACCCUGAAAAAUAUUUAACAACACAUAUUACAUAUCAUAUUUCUUGAUUGUUGUAAUAGAAAUUCAUUUCAUUUUAUUUAUUUGAAAAUAUUAAGUUGGGAGUAAACAUUUUAGAGUAAAAAAAUAAAGUGUGAUUUAUGUAUAUAAUGAUUCAUUUAAAAGUGGAAAAGAGUAGGGAAAAAAUGUGUGCAUUUCGUCAUUGAAACAUAACAAAAAUAGUCUCAAAUAUGUUAUGAUUUGUCAAUAUGUGUCAAAAAAAUGUUUCCUACUCGUUGAUAAUAUAAAUUUACAGUUAAAUAAUUGAACAGUUUUCUCUGCUGCCUCAUCAGAAGGUCAUUUUAUGUUCGCAAAAUAGUAAACGAGAAGAUAAUUUUCAGUUACGCUCUAAUGGUUUGAUGACUUUUAACAUAUCACAUCAGGAAUAUUGCAUUGCAAUUUGUAUGAAUCUUUUAUUCUAUCCGAUUGGAUUUAAAAUGCAUAAGUUUUGAAGAAUCUCACUCGUUAAAUUAUUUUUCCAUAUAAGUUUUAAUAUGUUGCAAAUGUGAUUUAAUUGCAACUAUAAAAUCAUAUCUGCAUUUAUUUCAAUAAAGAUGCAGUUCAUCUUUGUAAAAAAUGGAUAUCGUUAAUUUUUUAUAAAAUACAUUUUGCUUUUAAUUUUUUCUCUAUUUAUUCAUGCUUUUAGCUUUCUCGAUACGAUAUGAUACUAUCACUUAUCACUUAACUGGACCAGUUGGGGAAAGGGGGGGGGAGGCAAAGAAAGAAAGGGAUAUCUGGGUGAAUGUUACUGUAAGUAGUUUUAAACUGCAUUUGCAUGCAUUUUAUUUUUUAAGUUAAUUUCUUUACAUGUGUCCCAAUGCUAUGUAUCCUCUUCCGCUAAGAAAACCUAAAUCUCUUUAAUCGACCGGGUAGACAUUUAUUUUGCAUGCUCUGUCUACUAGUCGUUCAUUAAAUUUCAUUAUGUAUUUAAGCUUCCGUGUGGAGCCAUUACCGUAUCACGACCAGUAUAUUGUCGAAGAGGGGUCGAUACUGUAGCGUUGUAUGUGUAAGUUGAAAUUAAUUUACCUUAAUAAAAAACCCAACAUU